UAUGCAACUCCCAAUAUGGCAGAUGCGGUAGAAAAUGCCAUGAUGUUAGAAGUGAGACGUGUCAGGGAUGUAAUGACUCCCUUAGAAAAGGUACAUAUGAUAUCUGAAUCAACAGAAAUUAAUACAAAACUCAAACAGCAAUUAAGUGAGUAUCGCCACACAAGAAUCCCUAUCUACAAAGGAGAUGACAAAAAUUGCGUGAUUGGAGUCUUGAACGUUAAAGAUCUUCUUCUGAUCGAUGAUUCUCUGGAUAUCCAUGUAGGCGCUGUUAUACAGCUGUUCAACAGAAGCACACUGUUCCGUUUUGUGACCUCAGAAACUCCCGUGGUUCAGUUGAUGGUUGAACUCAAGAGAGGUUUUCCUCUUGCCAUUGUGAUAGACUUUGAACCCGAUAAAAAGUGUUACAAUGUUACUGGUAUUGUAACAUUAGAAGACAACCUAGAAGAGGUGAUUGGUGAAAUUCAUGAUGAAAAGGAUGUGAACAGCAAGGUCGAGGUGCACACGGAGAAAUCAGGCGCUGAUAGAUUUUCGCAAGCUGAUCUGCAACAACUAAAAAAAUCAAAGAAAAGACUAGUGAACACUAAUCAAGAAGAAGCUAUGCCCGAAGAGAAAGCUGCACUUUUAACGCUAAAAACGCAGACUGCAACUCCAAUGAAGUCUGCUUGUAGAAGAAAGAGAGCUCCCAAUAAAUCAGCUUCAUCGGCGCCUUAG